AUGGCUCCCUCAAACUCAAGCCAGAAGCGUCGAUACAGCGGGCAGACUGCUUCAUCGCGCACCGCUCGUAGCCGGGCAAGCUCAUGUUCUAAGUCCAGGCAGUCUUCGUUCCGCUCCGGAGCACAGUAUACAAUCACAUCUCAUCGCUCAGCCGCAGGACAGGCCCAGAAAACUGACCGUGGUCGAGCAAAUACUCAUCGCUCAUCGGCACACUCUGAGCGUUCUGCAACCACGAAUACCAGCCACAGCAGGUCUGCCUACUGCGAAGACAGUCCAACCGUGGCGACAGUCGAGCGGUCGCACCAUGAAUAUGACCACGAUUUCGACACUGAGACCCUUGACGAGGUCGUCAUGGCCGUUGACCUCAGCGAGCGAGGGACGGUAGGAUGUGCCUACUACGUCGCACGUCAGGAAAAGCUGUACUUCAUGGAGGACGUACAGCUCGGUGGUCCUGAUAUCGUCGACCAAUUGAAAGUCUUUGUUGAUCCAACCAUUGUUCUCGUCUCAACCAAAUGCAAUGAUGAAGUGAUGAACCGUCUUGACCCAGAGAUGCGUGAUGCUCGAGUAUCUGAGGAUGGUAGAAGCGGCGACCAAACCCGGCUGCCUUACCUGCUUGAGUGUCGACCAAAUGCCGAGUUUGCCUACGAGGCUGCCCGUACCAAGCUGGCCAAUCUGCGCGUCGGCCAACGAAACGGUCCGCGUGUUACGUUUGUCGUACCCGGCGAUGUCAUGUCCGGGCCGGAAGACUUCAAUCUGCCGGAUGUUGACUAUGGAGGCCGCCAAGGCCAAUUACUGCGUCUGGCCGGCUGGGUCAACGUAGAAAGUCGAAUCACGGUUGGUUGCGCUGGCGCUGUACUCUCCUAUCUACAACGCAGGCGCGUGACUGCAUACCUUCCAGGAGACGAGGCGUCAGAAGGCAUGUUUCGGGUGGCCACCAUUGAGAUGUUUAGCUUGAGCGGCACCAUGUUCAUAAACGCGGACACGCUUCUCUCGCUGCAGAUCACGUCGACUGAAUCCCAUCCAAGUGCGCAGUACCAAAGCUCGUCACGCACUGGCCGAAGCAGCGGCGCCAAGGAAGGCUUCUCUGUAUACGGGCUCUUUCACAAUGAAGCCAAAACUGCACAAGGUCGUGCCCUGCUGCGGCAAUACUUUCUCCGCCCAAGCCUUAACCUCGCUGUCAUCAAUGAGCGCCUAGACACCAUCAGUGUCCUGCUUCGACCCGAGAACGCGCCAUCUAUGAACACGCUCAGAGAGUGCUUGAGCAAGAUCAAGAAUAUGCGUCUGGUGACGAUCAAUCUGCACAAAGGCACCAGUCGCGGCCUCGACAGAAAUCGCAGCGUUUCUAACUCGGUGUGGCCCAGCAUUCGCCACUUCUCCUUCUAUACUCUUCAGGUAUUGGAUGCUCUGGUCGAGCUGCAAGGCAGUCAGCGAUUGGCCAUCCGUGUCAGGAUCGAAGAGAUGUUCGACAGGAGGCAGCUUGCAAUACUCGGUAAGAUGAUCAAUGACGUGAUCGACAUUGAGGCCUCCAGAGAGCAGAACCGGACCGUUGUACGGCCUGGCAUUGACGCAGACCUAGACGAAGCGAAGCGUACUUAUGAUGGCAUUGAGGAUCUGCUAUCGAGGGUGGCGCUUGUCGUUGCUGAGCAAGUACCGGCGGAGCUUGACUCCAAGGUCAAUGUCAUCUUCUUUCCGCAAAUUGGCUUCCUCAUUUCACUACGUCUCGCACAAGAGACCGGACGAGGUGUCUGGGAAGGCACCGAAGAGGAGCCAUGGGAGAGGAUGUUCACCACCGAAGAGAAUGCGUACUACAAGAAUGCAAACAUGACAGAGAUGGAUCAGUAUUUCGGCGACAUCUACGGCCGAAUUUGCGACAAACAAAUCGAGAUCGUACAGCGGCUAGGCGAGCAAGUACUGGAAUAUGAGGAAUUGCUCAACGAUGCGUCAGACAUUUGCGGAGAGCUGGACGCCCUUGUCGCCCUUGCGAGAGGUGCGGCACUGCACAAUCUGGUCAAGCCUCGCGUAACUGACGAGAACAUUGUGAAGAUCAAAGGCGGACGUCAUCCUCUGCAGGAACUGACGGUGCCUUCGUAUGUGCCGAAUGAUACUUACAUCGUUGGCGGUGGGAUUGACAAUGAAGAUGCUGCGGCCUGUCAUGAUCCCGGUUUGCAAAAUGCCGCGGCCGCCAGCUCGCAAACUGCGCCUCGCCAGCGCGCCGAAGGCCCCAGCAUGGUCCUCAUGACGGGACCGAACUACUCCGGCAAGAGCGUGUACCUCAAGCAAGUGGCCAUCAUCGUCUACAUGGCACACAUCGGCAGCUUUGUGCCUGCCGAAGCAGCCAAAAUCGGUCUCACAGACAAGAUACUUACGCGCAUCUCUACUCGCGAAAGCGUGUCCCGCAUCCAGAGCGCCUUCAUGAUCGACUUACAACAGAUCUCCGUCGCCCUCAGCCUAGCCACCCGCCGCAGCCUGCUCGUUAUUGACGAGUUCGGCAAAGGCACCGAGAGCUACGACGGCGCCGGUCUCGCAGCGGGCGUCUUUGAACACCUCCUCCAGCGAGGCGCCGAGUGCCCGAAGGUGUUGGGUGCGACGCACUUCCACGAAAUCUUUGAAGCCGGCUUUCUGCCUGAGCGUCCACAGCUGGCUUUUGCGCAUAUGGAAGUCCGCGCCGAUGACCAGGCUUCUGCCGUUGAAGAGCAGAUUACCUAUCUGUACAACUACAAGCAAGGCCGCAGCAGCUCGAGCUUCGGCACGUGCUGUGCGGCCAUGAACGGCAUUGAUCCGAAGAUCGUGCAGAGAGCGGAUGAGAUGAAUAUUCUGGCCGCGAAGGGUGAAGAUUUAGUUGCGGUGUGCGCAGAGAUGCCGGAUGAAGAGCUUGCAGAGCUGGAAGAGGCAGUGAGUCUCAUCUCAACCUCGUACAUUGCUAGGUAG